AUGGAGAGACAGACUGAUAAUGUCCAUAUUGAAAUGCUACCUGUCACUAAUGGAAACGACGCAACAGCGCACGCAAACGGACAGGAUUCUGUUGAUGGAGCUGCGGCAAGAAAUGUCGGGGAAAUGGAUAGUUUGUUACAGGGUUCUGGCAGCGCGAAUGGAAACGCUGUGGUGAGCAAUGGUGAGCCCGACAUUGAAGCUCCCAAAGUCCCAGACAAGAAAAAGAACAGUGCCGUGCUUCAGAUCAAAAAGGAGCUGAGGGAAAAGGUCUGCAAAGUCGUUCCAAUGUGGCUCAUCCUCGUCCUCAUCUUCCUCGUCGUCAUCCUCAUUAUUUUCAUAUCGCUGGCCUUGUGCAGAGUGAUUUACGAAGACCCAGAUGAGCGCUACGAUCCCACGCAGUUUGAUGCACUCAGAAAUGUCAGCGGGAGUUUCCGGCUUCCCAACUUGAAUUCCACAGAAGAGCUGCUCAACAUGACGACCAGCAUGAGCCGAGCACUGGCUGCAGAGCUGGAGAGCAAGCUGGAUGAGGUGUACACAAACUCCUCCGCCCUGGGACGCUACUUCAUGAGGAGUCACAUAUACCAGUUCAGCUCCGUCCCGGUCCAGGCCUGGUUCCUCCUCCUGUUCCGGAUGCGUGAGGAGGAGGGCGGUCAGCUGUCCCGCUACACUCUGAGCAGAGAGCUCCUGUACAACGUGCUCCGGCAGUUCUUAUACGAGCAGGAGCACCUGUUCCUCCACUGCAACCUGCUUCUAUACUGCUGGGUUAUACCUGCUGCACACGCCAGAGCUCUCCUGCACGCAGUCCAGGGUCAGCCCCCGGUCAGCCCCCGGUCAGCCCCCGGUCAGCCCCCAGUCAGUCCCCCAGUCAGCCCCCGGUCAGCCCCCAGUCAGUCCCCAGUCAGCCCCCGGUCAGCCCCCCGGUCAGCCCCCGGUCAGCCCCCGGUCAGCCCCCGGUCAGCCCCCGGUCAGCCCCCGGUCAGCCCCCGGUCAGUCCCCGGUCAGCCCCCGGUCAGCCCCCAGUCAGCCCCCGGUCAGCCCCCAGUCAGUCCCCAGUCAGCCCCCAGUCAGUCCCCAGUCAGCCCCCGGUCAGCCCCCAGUCAGCCCCCGGUCAGCCCCCAGUCAGCCCCCAGUCAGCCCCCGUCAAGCCUUAAAGAUUACGACCUGCUCUUUGAUGAGGCUCCAGUCCCUCUGUCACUCACCUCAGCUGCCCAGGCCCCAGAGCACCGCCUCAGCCGUCUCUGCUUCAGCAUGGGCUCCCACAGCUCCAGCCUGGAUGACAUCCUGGAGGAGGACAUGCAUCACUGGUACACCAAGUUCAUGAGGGAGUCUCCAUCCGGCCUCAUCACGCUGUUCGAGCUCAAGGCCAUGUUGGAAAUGACCGGGAUGACCGAGGAGGCCAGCAGUUACGUGGACCAGGUCUUCUUCACCUUCGACAUGGAUGGGGACGGAUACAUAGACUUUGUGGAAUACAUUGCAGCCAUCAGCUUACUACUAAAAGGAGAAAUCAACCAGAAACUCAAAUGGUACUUCAAGCUUUUUGACCAGGACGGAAACGGCAAGAUCGACAGAGACGAGAUGGAGACGAUAUUUAAGGCAAUUCAAGACAUCACCAGGAGUUAUGAGAUUCCUCCAGAAGAGAUCGUCAAUCUGAUCUACGAGAAGGUCGAUGUUCACGGAGAGGGAGAGCUGACCCUGGAGGAGUUCAUCAGCGGAGCACAAGAGCAUCCGGACAUCAUGGACAUGUUGGCCAAGAUGAUGGACCUCACCAACGAGGAGGAGCAGGAGAAGGAGGAGGUGGAGGAGAAGGAGGAGGUGGAGGAGAAGGAGGAGGUGGAGGAGACGCAGGAGAAGGAGGAGCAGGAGUUUUGUAUGCACUGUCCCAAUGAGACGCACCUGAAAUGGACAGAGUGA